AUGUCGACACAGGCGGUGAUGGAGAAGGAGAAGGAGAAGGCGCAACAGAAAUCACAGAAGAAGAAGGAGAAGGCUGCUGAGGAAGCAGAGGAUUCUGGAGAUGAGGAGGAUUCUGAUUCUGGAGAGGAAGACGUCGUCGUCAAUGGAUCCGCUCCAAAGAAGUUGAAUCAGAAGAAGCAGAAGAAGGCAGGAAACGUGUCGGAUGAUGAUGAGGAUGUGGAGACUGCACCAAUGAAAAACAUUGGUUCGGGAGCACGUGCCAACAAGAAACGUCGUAAUCAGAAGAAGGCAGCCGCCAAACAAGCAGCCGUCAAGGAGGACGAUGGAUUCAAUACGGUUGGAAACGUGAAACGUGCCAAGAAGCCGACUCAAUUCAAAUCGAAAGUUCCAAAACGUGCGGCAGCUAGAACCGGAGCGAAAUCUGUCAAAAAUCGACGAAAGAAGAUGUUGGCGAAAAGUGAGUAUCUCCUCAACUAUCUAUCACUGAAAAUGGCUGCCGGACACCGUGACGAAUGGGAUGAAAUUCCAGACUCGGAUCUCCACGAGACAAUCAUUGAAAGAAUUGAAGGACUCGGCGAAAUGUUCCCAGAUUCCCUUCGUUCACUCGUUCAUUCCACUGCCGCCUGGUCCUCGUGGGGUGUCAAGGGAUUGUUCUCACUGACAAAAAGCACAAUUUGGAUCGUCUCGACGACUUCACUCAUCGCCUUCCUACCGUAUAUCAUUGAGAAAGAGAGAAGUGAUUUGGAGAAGACUCAAGUCGCUCAACAACGUCAAAUGCUUCUCGGACCGUCUGCCGCCAUUCAACAAGCAAAGACUGCUUAA